ACAGUCCAAUAUUUGGUGUAUUUUUAAUUUUUAAAUUGCGACUGGAGAAAUCAAACUUAGCAGUCUGGCAACCCUGUUUAAUGAUAAUUUGUAACACUACUAUUUAGACACUAAAUUAUUUAUAUGUUCAUAUUUUGAUUAAAAAUUUGAGUUCUUUUUUAGGAAGGUUAGGAUUUGAAAUAUUUAGGGAGGAUUUUCCUUUUGUGAUUUUCAAAUAAAAUUAUGGCUUUAGCGUUAGUCCUGAAAAAAUCAUUAAGCGUCCAAGCUACACAAAAUUUUUUCAAAACUGCCAUCAAAGUAGAUUCUAAACGGCCUUUCACUCAAAUUUUGAGCGCAAUAAAAAAAGAACCAAUCAAAGUAUGCCGUGAAUCGAAAUUCAAUACUCCAAAACGAUUAAUGUCUGGUGAUCAUGGAAAAUUAUGGACAGUGGAAAGAGGAGUAUCAGUUGCACUUUUAGGGAUGGUUCCCAUUGCUCUUCUUGCUCAUAAUACCCUACUCGAUGACGUUCUUGCAGCUUCUGUUGUUAUACAUUUUCAUUGGGGUUUAGAAGCUAACGUGAUUGAUUAUGUGAGACCUAUUAUAUUUGGGCAUGCUGUGCCAAAAGUUGCUCUUGGGCUUUUAUAUCUAGUUUCGAUAUCGACACUAGGAGGGCUUAUUUAUUACAAUCACAGCUCUAUCGGUAUUAGUAAUACUGUGAGGAAGAUUUGGAAAAAGGAAUAAAAACAAUUCACAUUUAUUAUAAAUAUAUAUUAUUCAGUAUUUGGUAUUACAUUGUUUAAAAACUGUUAUGUAUCCUUUUAUUUUUGUUUGUUAAAAUAAAAUUAUGAACACUUGUGUUUUUAUAUUUGAAAAGCAA